UCUACACACACUCCUCCUCCAUUCCCCCCAUUUUCUCUACCACUCUCUCUUCUCCAUCGAGAUUCCCUCUUAAUUACCCCCUCUUAAUCCGCUUUCACCACCCUUCCCUCUUCCCCUUCACGUUCCUUAAUCCAAUAUUAACCCCAAUAAUCCCCCAACAUAAUCACCAUUCAUCACCUCCUCACUAACACCGCCGGGAAAUUAUUAAAAUAAAAUAAACAAUGACCGGCGGCCUACAGGAGUGGCCGGAACCUAUCGUCCGAGUCCAAUCCCUAUCGGAAAGCGGCCUCCACGUCAUCCCCGACCGCUACGUCAAGCCGCCACACCAGCGGCCGGCCACCACCAACCACCACCACAACGUUAACAACAACAACAUACCCAUCAUUGACCUCGGCGGCGGGCGGUCGUCGGACGAGGAAAUCUGGGCCGCCUGCCGAGACUGGGGGUUCUUCCAGGUGGUGAACCACGGGGUGGGCCCAGAGUUAAUGGACCGGGCCCGGGAGGCCUGGCGGGAAUUCUUCCACCAGCCCAUGGAGGUGAAGCAGAGGUACGCCAACUCGCCCAUGACUUACGAAGGGUACGGCAGCCGCCUCGGGGUCCAAAAGGGCGCCGUCCUCGAUUGGAGCGAUUACUAUUUUUUACACUACUUGCCGCCGGCGUUGAAGGACCACGACAAGUGGCCGUCCCUCCCGUCCGAUAUCAGGGAAGUGAUUGACGAGUACGGGAAACAAGUGGUGGAGUUUUGCGGGAGGUUAAUGAGGAUAUUAUCGGCCAACUUGGGACUAGAAGAAGAACGUCUCCAAGACGCAUUUGGAGGAACAAACAUUGGAGCGUGCCUGAGAGUGAACUUCUACCCGAAAUGUCCGCAGCCGGACCUGACACUCGGCCUGUCGUCGCACUCGGACCCUGGCGGGCUGACCAUUUUAUUGCCGGACCACCAGGUGCCGGGGCUCCAGGUCCGGCGAGGCGAUGACUGGAUCACGGUGAAGCCGGCCGAGCAUGCGUUUAUCGUCAAUAUCGGCGAUCAAAUCCAGGUAGUAUUAAGCAAUGCGAUUUACCGAAGCGUGGAGCACAGGGUGAUUGUGAACUCAGCAAAGGAGAGAGUGUCUUUGGCUUUCUUCUACAACCCAAAGAGUGACAUUCCAAUCCGGCCGGUGAAUGAACUUGUAACCAAAGAGAGGCCAGCAUUGUAUCCACCCAUGACCUUUGACCAAUACCGGUUAUACAUAAGAACCAAGGGCCCCUGUGGCAAGUCCCAGGUGGAGGCUUUGAAAUCCCCACGUUGAAUGUUUACCGUAGGAGCUCAAUUUUAGUUCACUUGAUCGUUGUCGGUUUGGUUCGGUUUGACUUAGUUAUCGUAUUAGUCGAGUAAGUAGCUAGUUUCUCAAAUCCAUAUAUAAAAAUAGAACAAUCUUUUCAUUUGAUUAGUGGUUUUAAGUGUACAUCUUGAUCGUGGAAGGGAUUGUCCUCAAGGCAGUUCAGUUAAUUUAGAAUGGAUAAUGUUAGUACCUCUUCUAUCAAUUUCAGUUAUUGAAAUGAGUUGGUUUUCGACACGA